UGUGGUAUUAGAGCGGGAAUCUUUGCCUUGUACAGAGUAAAGAGCAUCAGUCGACCAUGCAAAAAGUGAUAUACAGGUCAAUGGUCAAUAUGUAAGAGGACAAAAUGUGUACCAUUAAUGUUGUAUCUCUGUCAAAAUGUCAACUUGUGUGUGUUUUAUAUGAGAGAUAGAGAGAAGUGAGACCGAGAGACAGUGAAAGAGGGGGAUAGAGGAAAAGAAGGACAGAGCAAGAGAGAUAACAGAUGUAACUAACUAGUAAAGAAAUCUUGCCACCAUGACUAUGAUGGAGUUUUUUGGCUGUACUUUCAUAGCCUUUGGUCCUGCAUUGGCUAUGUUUGUGUUCACCAUCGCCAGACACCCAUUGCGCAUUAUUGUCUGGAUAGCAAGUGGGUUUUUCUGGCUACUUGCUCUACUGAUUUCUUCCAUAUUAUGGUUUGCUGUGGUGCCUCUCCGAGAUCAGUUGGCAUUUGGUCUGGUGUUCUCGGUGAUUUUCCAAGAAGUCUUCAGGUUCUUGUUCUACAAGAUGCUCAGAAAAGCUGAUGACGGACUGCAGAAAGUGACCCAGACCACAGAUUCGGACAGUCUGACAAGUAAAGACAUCACCAACAAACAUAUCAUGGCUUACGUGUCUGGAUUCGGCUUUGGAAUCAUCUGCGGAGCAUUUUCACUGAUUAACGUUUUAGCAGAUAUGUGGGGACCAGGCACCAUUGGUAUCCAUGGUGAUUCGAAAUUCUUCCUCCUUGUAUCAGCUUUCCUGUCUCUGAGCUUCAUCCUGUUGCAUACAUUCUGGGGGGUGAUAUUCUUCCACGCUCUCGACACCAAGCGAUUCGUUCCAUGUGCUGUGCUGCUGUCGGUCGUCAUAGUCUCGCACAUGGUUGUGUCAUGUAUGACUCUGUUCAACCAAAGAACGGCAAGCCGACCAGAACCAUUAUACCUUGCAAGUCUUAUUCCAGCGUACCUAAUUCUCAUCAUCAAUGGAGUUAUAGCAUUUUUCCUGGCAGGGGGUUCAUGCUCCAAUAUCAAGCUGGCUAUACAGUGCAGAAAAGGAAGAUACGAAAUGGAUUAAAUAAGGAUUAUGUAAACUGGCAGUAGAGCAAAGACGAGCUAAAGGGCAAGGCACUAUCUUCAUUAUGUUGCCAAGCAGCAGAUUAAUGAUUUUAUAAACCUGUUAAUCUUGUAAAGAACAUCUAUAUCCAAAUAAAUUACAAUUAUAAUCUUACUUUGGUACUAAAGGCCUGGAAACAAAUUUUAUAUUUUUGAUAAUAUCAAUUAUAAUUUUUUUUUAAAUAAUUAUAUUUGAAAUUUAAGUAAGUUCUGGAUUAAUCAGAAGAUUAGAGCUGUAGUGUACCUGUAUAGCCCAUUGGUAGAACACUCACUCCAGGUGUGAUUGGUCAUAGGGCUGAUUACUGGCAAAAUGCUUGACACCAAAUAGCCAUAGUUCAAAAUGUGUCACAGUGUCUUAAGCAAAGACAGUGACACUCCUUUAAACUGGACACCCAGGGGACCAAGUAAAAAGUCCAGUUUUUAGAGUAUCCGAUUUAGGCAGGUUCUGUUAUAUACUAAUUAAAAUAAUUCUGUUUUUUGACUAAAAAUUUAGGUUUGCCGAAGGACUGAUUUUCAGGGAUUUCACUAUAUUUCAUUCCUUUCCUGAAGAUGAAGGGUGCUGGCAAUUGGAUAGAUGAAAUAAGAUUCCUGGCCCUAAAGGUUUUACAGCCUCAUAUUAAAUUAUUUGUCUGCUAAAGCAGAUGUUUCUAAGGGGAAACGUGGCACCCAGAUGAGAUCCAGUCCACUAGAUUGUUCAGUGUUUAGUGAUUGAAUUAUGUUACUUUGUUGGCUGAUAUUGACUUGUAAGUUUCGUAAUUGAUGUAUUUGUAUCAACGAAAGUACAUUCUUAAUACCUUUCAAGAGAUUAAUAUAUAUAUAUAUGAAAAACCAGACUGUUUUGUGGAAUUGAGUAUAUUCAAAAGGUAGUUUGGAAAUAUCUGCUGGACAACUUUUAAAAACACCAUGGAUGAGACCCAUUGAGAACAUCAUAGUAUUGCUCUUGCUUCGGUACAUUCCAUAUUGAUAUAUUUUUAUACACAUGUAGUAUACAACACAGCUGGUGAAGAUAAUAAACAAAUGUAUUUGACAAUUUUUAUUUAAAAAUGCGUAGCCAUCUUUAGUUGGGUCUUAUUCAGACAGAAUAAAAAUAAGUCAUUCGGUACUCCAAUUCUCACAUUAGAUUUUGGGAAAUUUAAAUAAAAUUCAUUAUCCUCCUCACAAUUCCAUAAAUAUACUAUUGUGUUAGUUGAAGCUUUCUUUGUGGCAUGUUAUCAUGGUUCAUGAUGGCUCUAGAUAAAGCAGAUGAUUUAGGUAUAUUCCUAACAAUAUUAUUUUUACAUCUUGUAAUUAUAUGAAUUGGUUUUCCCUCGUAGAUAGGUUUACAAUGUUUUGGAAUAUUGGGCCCUGGUAACUUGCCCAUACCAAUAUGUCCAGUAUGUCCUAGGUAUGGUAGUCUAUGUGUCGUCUUGACCCAGUCUAUAUAGUUAGUUUGGCAAACCAAAUGUAUACAAAUUGCCUCUAAAAUCAGAUUCAGCUCAAUCGGCUGAGUGCUCGCUUGAAGUGCUUGCAUCGUAAGAUCGAACUACCUCUGUGGAUCCAUUCAGCUGAUUGGUUUUUUUCUCAUUCCAACCAGUGCACCACAACUGAUCAAUGGCCAUGGUACUGUA